GUCCCGAUUGUGUCUAAAUCUGCAGAGUCAAAGUCCGAAAAAAAAAAAAAAAGCACGAACGAACAUUUUCUCACCGUGUGAAAAUGGCGCUUCGUGUUGUCAAAGCCUAAACUCAAGAAAAAGAGCCUUUUUCGUUCUUGUGAGUGCUGUAAGAUUUCCUGAGGGCUCUUCGUAAGCAGUGUAAUCUGAAAAGGAUCGGAUUAUGACAGAGGAAGGAGAGGUUCUUCAGGAAAACCAACGCGAUCGUGGCUCCGAAGCCUGUCUCAUCCUUGGACAGUGAAAAUGCAUAACCUGGCUGCCCAAGUCACCAGCAGCCUGCUGCCCUUCUCAGGAGUCACUCUAGAUGCUCUUGGGGAGGAUGAGAUCAGCCUGGACUGUGUUCUUCAGGGCAAAUUCACUCUUGGUCGUAGCGAGUUGGCCUGGCUGGCCUGUGGACCCCAUCUGGAGGUUGUCCAUGCGGUGACAGGAGAACGACUGUCUGCCUACUGCUUUAGCAGCGGAGGAGAACACCCACCCAGAGUCCUUGCUGCCCGAGAUUUCAGCUGGCUCAAGCGGUCUGGGUUGUUGAUUGGCUUGGAAGAAUCUGAGGGCAGUGUGUUGUGUCUUUAUGAUCUGGGACUGUCCAGGGUCGUCAAAGCUGUGGUUAUACCUGGCAGGAUCACAGCGAUUGAACCACUAGUGAGUUACGGUGGAGCGAGCACCUCCACUCAGCACCUCCACCAGAGUUUGCGCUGGUUCUUUGGCGUUGCUGCAGUAGUAACAGAUCUUGGUCACGUUCUGCUUGUGGACCUCUGUCUGGAUGAUCUGUCCUGCAGUCAAAGUGAACAGGAGGCUUCAGAUCUGCAGGUGGUGACUAAAACACCUGUAGACAUCCCCAGACUUCGGGAGGUUAGGACCAGACAGGGCAGACAUCUUUGCCUCCAGCUUCACGGGCCCGGCGGAGUCGGCGUCACCGCUCUGCAGUACAUCUCCAGAACCAACCAGCUGGCUGUAGGAUUUUCUAAUGGAUUUUUACAACUGUGGAACAUGAAAACACUGAAGAAGGAGUGCUCCACUGUUUGACAGCUCCUCAAACUUCACAGACCCUCAGACGCUGCAGCUGCUGCAGCACAGUCAGAGACUCCUCAGUAACCUCAGCGCCAUCUUCCACUGUCUGCUCAGUGAAGCUCAGGAGCUCACACAAAAAGGUCUUGCAGGUCUGAUGAACAAGAACAUGGUGUCCAGUCUCAUUUCAAAGUACGCCCAGGUGGUUCUGUGGUUCUGCCGUACAGGCUUACUCCCAGAGGGCUCAGAUGAAGAUGCUCUCCAGAUUUCCAGGCCUUUCUACACCCACUCAGUCAUCAGCAACUAUUACACCAUACGCAGAGAAGAGUUGACCAGGUUGGCCAAAAACAAGUGGUGUGCAGACUGCCUUAUGAUUGACGGCUUGGUUGGUCAUUGUGGUGAACGCCUGACCAACCUUUGGAAAAGAGACGAUGGUGGGACAGGGCAGUACCCCCCACCUACACUGCAUGCUUUGCUCGACAUCUAUCUGCUGGACAACAUCGAUGAAGCUACCAAACAUGCAAUCGUGAUUUACCUGUUGCUGGAUGUCAUGUACUCCUUCCCUAAUAAAGAUGGAGCAUCAGUGGAGUCUUUUCCCACAGCUUUUGCCAUCCCCACCGGACUGGUCAAACUAGUGCAGGGCCUCUGGCUGCUGGAUCAUCAUGACCAUCAGAGUUCCUUUGAGCUGCUCCUGCAUCCAGCAGCUUCUCAGUUUUAUUUUGAGUGGCAGCACGAGCGUGUCCUACAGGCUCUGAUGUGCCAGGGUCAACAGUCGGUGGCGCUUCGGUACUUUCAUGUCACAAAUCCCCCGAUUACUUCCACCUCCCAGGCCAAGCUUUGUGUGUCCGUGCUGCUGCACAACAGGUGUCUUAUUGAGGCGUGGUGUUUGCUUCGGCAGCACUCAAAUCGUCUCAACAUUGUGGAGCUGCUGGGCUUCCUGUAUGAAAGCUGCCAGGAGCUGAACCUCAUCAAAGAGCUGCUCAAACUGCCCCUGGGCCUCAAUGAACAGGAAUGUUUAGAGAAGUUCCUUCAAGGUACAGGAGGUCUGCAGAAUCGAGAACUUCUAAUGGUUCAUUACCUUCAGCAAGCCAACUACAUCCCUGCUCUGCAGCUCAACCACAAACUCAAGAUGAACCUUGUGAAUGAGCGAGACCCGAAGCUGAAAGAACGGUUCAACACCAGAAACUCCAUAUUGGAUCAGUACGGGAAAGUUUUACCCAGAGUACAGAGAAAACUGGCCCUGGAGAGAGCCAAGCCCUACCAACAUCUCCACACCGUCCACAGAGAGGUUUCUCGGCCCCAGCCGCUGUCGACCAUCACAAAGCGCCCAGCCAGUGAGAAGAUGAUGUCCAGAGCAGGAUUCAUCAACAACCUCCUGACCAAGAUCGAGGAGGUGUGGUUGGGCAAAGACGCUACACCACAUUCUACACCAAACAAGACCUCAAGGACAGCUGCUGUUCAGAACUCCAGCCCCAAGACCCCCACCCAGGCUUUACCUGAUCCCUUCCUAGGAACUCCAGUCAGCAUGACGUCCAAACGAAAGUCAAGGUUGAUGGAUUUGGUGGUCCACCCCACCUGUCACACUCCUCGUCCUCUUCUCAGCCCCCCCAGGCCCCCCAGCUCCUGGGUUUCUCCAAAAAGCAUCAGCAAAGCGCCUGAGCUCAGUUUGCUGCAAACACCGCAGGUUGUCAAACGAGCUCGGGCCUUGGCUGCUUCUGGCCCCGUCUUUUCAGCUUUCACUCCUCAGUCCAUCCUUCGCAGCAGCCUGAGACCCACACCUGUUGCGACGCCUUCUGCCUCUCCAGGACGCUCCAUCACCCCCCCAAUCCGCAGCAAAGAGAGCAGGAUCACCUUCAUCGAAGACGCAGAGGCCCCUGAAGCAGAAAAGGCUGUACGUUGGACUAACGGGAUGGCAGCAGACAGUGAGAUCAGUCAGCUGAACAGAGGCUCCGCAACCUCCAAAGUUGGACGUAAGACUUGGUCUUCACAAGCAGCCGAGGUGGAAGGAGGUGAGGAAAAGCAGCUUCCUCGGGUAAAGUUCUUGUCUCCGGAAGGUGAGCCCCCCUCACCACAGCUAAGUCGUUGUGAGAGCGGCGACUCUUUCACCCACGAGGUGGCUGCAGAAACGAGCCCAUCAGAUGCAGCACGUCCACGUUUUAGUCUGAGCUUUGACACCAGCCAGGCGUCCAUUCGGUCAACAGACACAACUCAGGAGUACUACGACGCCCCGCUCGCCGAAGACCACAGAGGAACACAAAGCCACACAGGUGCAGAUGAUGAUGAUGUGGUGACAGUGAACAUCAAGUCUGUGACUAAAAUGGAAGAACCAGAGGAAAAUCCCGAUGCAAGCACUGAACAGAACCUUCAGCUUCUUUCUGAGGAUUCUGAGAAGGAGGAAGAGUUUUGUAAAGUAAACAGACCAGAGGAAGAGAUGGAGGGUGGUCCUAAUGUGGAGGUGAACGAUGAAGAAGAAGCAGUGGAUUCUAAAAGGGAAGAAGAUCAGAAUAUUGUAUCAAAUAGUGAACAAGAGGAUAUUUCAGUUGUUACCCAAGUAGAGCUACUUCAUAGCAAAGAUGGUAACCAGGUGACUGAGAGCUCCGACUCUGAUGUCAAAUCUGAGAAUCUUACAGUGAAAAUCCAGUUGGAGUCCACUGAAUCCUAUGAGUUGACUAUAGAGGAGCCUAAACCACCUGGAGAAGCUGAAACUCCAAAUGAAAUGGAUCUGGAGCAAUCCACAGAUCUCACACAGUUUGUUCAGCAGCACCUGUUUGGUGGUGAUUUGUCUCCUUCACUCAGCCGCUCAGCGAUCCACAACGCUUCACUAAACCAGACUUCCUUCAACAGUGAGUCAUUAGAGGUCGAAGAGGAGGAUCAGCCUGCUGCUGAAUAUUCCUCCAUGUUUCCCAUCAAAACAUCAGCUUCUGUCAGGUCCUCUGAGCCGACGGGUUCCGACUCUCACUCUGUUGUGAGUCUCAACGAUAGCGAAGAGCUGUCUAGUCCUGCAUCUGAGGAAGAAGAGGAGGAGGAGGAGUCUGAUCAGGAGGAAGAGGAGGAGGAGUCUAAUCAAGAGGAAGAGGAGGAGGAGGAAAUGGAGGACUCUGGUAGUGAGGUGGAGAUCAUCGAGGAGGUCCAGGGUAACGGGACCCUUCCUCCCCUCCAGCCUAGUGAAGCCUUUAUGCAGCAGGAACACGCGCACUUCCUGUCAGAGCAGGAAGCCGCUGCGUUCUCUCUGAUCACAGCAGGUGCAGAGAUGAAGAUGGUGGACGACGACAUGGAGGGUGAGGUGGUGAUGGUCAGACUGGGUUCAGAUGAUGGAGGCAUGGAUCCAGAUAACGUGGAGCAGGGCUCAGCGUUCAUGGAGCUCAAACCUUCCAGCACUCUUCUGGUGCCCGUGGAGCUCGUUGAGGGACAGCCCAGUCUGGAACACGUCACUCAGGUGGACCUUCCUGAGCUUCAGCCAGCUGCUGCAGAAGAUGGACCACAGUCUGACUCUCACAGCAGCUUCACGCUGAUGCUGAAUGUAGAUCAGUACGAGGUUAAAGAGACGACGCUUCCUGUUGAGAACAGCGUACAGGUGUCUGACUCUUCCUCCCAGCCUCACAGAGAAAGUGCUUUGGCUGAACCGGAUGUAAUUCCUUUAGAGACAGAUGUCACAGAUCCUUCAGUGUUUGAACCUUUACAAGAGGACAAAGGAGAAGAGAUGGAGAGCUGCGAUGAAGAUAAUGUUGAUGGACUGAGAGAACCAGAGGUCCAAACUGACUUACAAGCUGAAAAUACUGCAGCAAAGCUGGAGGCAGAAGAGAUUGGAGAACAGAGAGAUCAACAGUUUAUGUUGCUUCAAGAUCAUGAAUCAGUUUCUGUGCCAUGUAUAAACGCAGAGAUUCCUGCAGCUGUGAAGGACAACGACUCCGUGGAAAAGACAAGGUCUGCAGAGGAGAUCAGAGAGGAGAGUGUACCAGAGGAGCAGAAACCUCAGGGGAAUGGACCUGUUGAUACCGGCACAGACACUGAAGAAAACAAGUCUCCUGUAGAGAAGACAAACCAGCCUGAGGCUUCAGCAGAGACCCCACUGAAGUCAGAGGAGAACACAGAAGAGAGAUCGAGGAGAAGAACAAGGAAUAAAAAUGCUGAAGAGAAACCUGUAGAGCAAGUUUCGCUCUCAGAAAGCCAUGCAGACAAACGGUCAGUACCACAGACCCCCACCUCUCAGAGGAAGAAGCCAGCUCCUACGCCAACCCGGAGGAUGACGAGAGGGCGGGCCGUUUCGUUUGUGACAAUACCCGAGGCAGCAGAUGAGCCAGAGCAGGGUGCAGGAACAAGCUCACCCAGUCGCACCUCAAGAAAAGGCAAACGGGUUAAAGAGACCAAAAUCCAAACCAGCACACCUCAACGAAGCACCCGCAGCACUCAGCCAGAUCCUCCUAAAGAUGAGGUCGAUGCAACAAACGACAUCUCAGCUGCUUCAGCCUCAAAGACCUUCACUCCAGCAAGACGUUCUCUCAGAUCCACUUCAACACGAACGAGCCAGAGGCUUCUAGACGGCAGCAAGGACAAGACUGCAGCCACCGAGGCUGAAAUCAACUUUAAAGAGGAACAACAGGAUGAGGACGUGGAUAAAAAGGUUGAUCAUAGAACAAGCUCCAGGACUCCAGCCUCGUCCAAACGCAGCAUGACUCAGAUAAACGCUCCCAGGAGAUCAAGCCGAACGUCGACGCCACUUAAAAUGGUGAUAGAAGAGAGAGAGCAGGAGGAGCCUGUUGUCCCUUCAGUGAAACGCAACUUCAAAAGAACAGAACUGGAGCUGCUUUCACCCAUGAAAGAGGAGGAGGAGGACAAGGAGCAACUUUCAAGUCCUCGGAGGGCAACUCGACAAUCUACACAGACGACCCUAAAUCUGAUGCCACAAAGCAACAGGAAGAUGAAAAAAGUGACGAUACCAGAGGAAAUCAAAGGAAAUGAAAAACUCCCCGAGCUGGAAGCUGACAAGAAUGCUGGUCAGAAAAGUUCUCGUCGCACAACCAGAAGUAAACUUUGGGACCACCCUGUAGAAGAUCUCCCUCUGCUGGACUCACCGUUGGAGGUGGAUUCUGAGACCCCCGUCGCUGACGCCCUCAUCAAGAGGCUGCAGGACGAGGAGGAGAAACGAGAGGGUGGUGUUGCAACAAAGAUGUUGAGAACCAGGAACAAGAGUUCAAAUUUAUCAGCGACACAGGUUUCAUCUCAGCUUCCUGGUACUGAACCUGAUGAAGACGAGUUUAAUCUAGACGAGCAUUCAUACGUCUACUCGCCCUCAAGACGACGACGAACAAGAGCUCGCAGAGACGUGUCUCCUGGUCCCAGCGAGGAGCCUGCAGCGCCUGUCACACGCAGCAGAACGAGAGUUAAAGAUGUUGAUCUUAAGGAUAAAAUUUCUUUAGAAGAGGAUCACAUAGAAGUGGAGAAAGCACCAAGUGUUUCCAAAACCAGAAAGAUGAGCAAACGAGGAGCCAGAUCCAGAAUUGUUCCUGAGCCUCUUCCCACAGCAGAGGUGGACCUGCUGUCCCCACUGCCCAGUCCAGCCGACCCGCUCCCACGAGCUCUGAAGAGGAUUACAGGAGAGGCCCCGACCACCAGCAUGAGCCUUCGACACAAACGCGUUUUGUAUUCGGUUUUUAAAAAACCCGUGACCCGGAGGAAAAGGCUGUGAGGGAGUCUGCGGUGGUCACAACCAGUGAACCUCAGACGGCCACCUGAAGACGAAGACUGGAACCAGAUCAGUCGUAAACCUGUCCAAUAAAACAAAAAUCAGAUGCCUGAACUGAUGGUGGUUCUGUUUCUUCAGAUGCCUCACAGCGCUGCAGUUUAAAUCAGUUUCCUGUUGAAAUUCAAUUAGAAGCUGUGAAGGCAGUGGGAUAAUAUAUUUUUAGGACAAAAACACGAGAGCUGCAGUGUGAAGCAGAAGGCUUUAUUUUUUAGAGUUUACAUUUCCCUCAUAAUAACUUGAUUUUACUUAAUAUUGUAUUUGUGUCCAUUUUGUGUUGGACGGUUUUGUGGCGCUCUUCAGCUGGUCACAAAAUGGCACAAGAGGGAGAAAAAACGUGUUUUUAGUGGCUCUCGUUUUUAAAAUCAAAGCCUGAGCUGAACUUGCCUCAUGCUGAGGUUUUAUUUCAGUCGUUCUGUUCUUUUUGUUGCAGAUUACUUUUAAAACUUCAAGGCCUGCUGGGGUUUUUUCUUAUAUGAGGGGGCGGGGGGGAAACAAGCACCUGACUAGUGGAGAUCCAUUUCUACUGCUAGAUUUGUAUAUAGUCCUUUGCUAUGUUCCAAAUAAAGUUAAUAAAUUCUAAAGUAUUGCUUAUUUUGAAUUGUCUCUUGAAUGCAUUUAUCCAUUUUAUUGGAUCGCCUUUGUUGUAGUUUUAAGAUUUGAUUCAAUUUGAAGGAUUUUAUGUGGAAUUUGGCGUUGCUGUCCUCAGAUCCAGGUGUUUUUACAUCGUACGAAUGUACAUGAUCAGAGGAUCAGGAAUAUGCAAAUGUGAAUGUUCAUUUGGGACGUGUUCAAAAUAUUGUUGAAUAGCAUUUCUGAUGAAUGUAGACUGUUUUAUUUUUAUGACUGCUCUUUGAUAAACAUGACAAAACCUUUCAAA